UUAAAGGCAUGGCUGGAAAGAACUCCAGGACUCAAUGCAGAAGGAUUUGAUUUCUGGGGACAAUUUGAAGUGAAUGUUUUAAAAGGCCUAGAAGAGGAAUUUGCCUUGGUGCAGGCCAAACCAGAAUCAGAAGAAAAAGAGGACUUACUAUCUGAAUUCCAAAAACAGAAAGAUGUAUUACUUUCGUUAUUUGAUGAAAAACGCCAUGAACACCUGCUUAGUAAAGGAGAAAGACGACUGUCUUAUAAAGCACUGAAAGGUGCCUUAAUGAUCUACUUCUACAGGGAGGAGCCUCGUUUUCAGGUUCCUUUUCAGCUUCUUACCUCGCUUAUGGAUAUCGAUGUGCUCAUGACCAAAUGGAGAUAUAACCACGUCUGCAUGGUGCACAGAAUGAUUGGCAGCAAGGCUGGCACCGGAGGCUCAUCAGGCUACCAGUAUUUGCGCUCCACAGUGAGUGACAGAUACAAGGUGUUCGUGGAUUUGUUCAAUCUUUCAACAUUUCUAGUGCCAAGACACUGGAUACCAAAGAUGAACCCAACCAUCCAUAAAUUCCUUUAUACAGCAGAAUACUGUGACAGCUCGUAUUUUAGCAGUGACGACUCUGACUAG